AUGCCAGUACAGGCGCAGCUUGUUUGCGAGUGUGGGAUGAACCUCCGUCGCGGAUGGGAGUAUGAUGAUGUUAUGACUAUGGCCGCCUGUAAAGAUGUUGGCGGCAAGAUGCAGAAGGGCCAAUGGCCUGGCUGCAAAUAUUCCGGGACUGAAGAACUAUGGGAAAAGGCAUGCGCAGAUGUGGACUCGAUUACGACAGGGCAGUGCGACGAAAAGAAGGGUUUCUUCUCUGAGAAGAAGAAGGGCAAGAAGGGCAAGAAGGGCGAGAAGGGCAAAAAAGGCAAAAAGGGUUCCAGCAGCAGCAGCAGCAGCAGCAGUAGCAGCAGCAACUGA